GCAGUCACAGCUGCAUGCAACACUUUGUUGACAUGCAUUCGACGCGAUGCAUUUUUUUGUUUGAUAACAAAAAAUGUCUGUUGUUUGUUGUACUUUAAACUCGAUGUUCCCAUGCUGCCUUAAAAUUCGAAUGUUUUAAAAUGGAAUUCGCUCAGCAACAAGAAUUACCAACCCUGCCAUCAGAUGUUCUUUUGCUGAUAUUCGAUCAGCUGAAUUUCCGGUCCCGGCUGACCGUUUCUUUGGUUUGUCAGCAAUGGAAUCAGUUGGCAUUCGCAGCCAAAUUCAUGCAUAGAUUGUGCAUAUCACUGGAUAUUCGAAAUCUGGACAGCCUGGCUAGUGCUGCGACAGUUUUACGAAUAUCCAAUCGGUCGUACAAAAAUAUGAAAAUUGUUUUUCAAGGAUGUAGACAGCAAAGCUUAGAAUCAGUUGUACAGCUAAUUAGACCGAUGCGCGCCUUGGUUAAUUUAGAAAUGGUGUUCUAUUUCUACUGUUUCCAAGAGAAGCUGCACAUCGUCCUACAAGAAUUGCUAGAGAAUCGUCCAUCUCUGGAGGGGAUGUCGUUCGAAAUUCGAGGACGGCUCAUGAACUGGGGUGGCGAUUUAUUACCGAAACGAUCACACGCUUCAUCGGCCGUAAUUGACGUAGACGAAGAUCCGAAAAUCCUAACAUCUCUUACCAGCUUAACCAUCAAGAGAAACCCAGACAUGUUCAAUCCAAGAUUCUUCGAAAUGCAACUAUCUCCGUCGUACCUCACAUUUCACUCUCCUCCAAAACCAGAACUGAUACCUAACCUGCGGCACUUGACGAUGACCUGUGAAACCCAUGAACAACUGCAGCUCUAUUCUAGUUUGUCCGAGCAACUAGAAACAAUAUCAGUGGUAUCAUUCGAUCCCCAUGGACUACAAAUUGAGUCAUUCCUGGAACUCAAUUUCCCGCGGCUCAAGGAUUUAAAACUGUGUUCAACCAACCUGCCUCAUUUUAGUGCCCUGACCAAAUUCAUUCGGAAGCUUCGAAAGAUUCAAAUACUGCAACUGGAAGACGUUCUAAUUGAUUCCGAGAUAAUUGAUGCCAUGUUCGAAAACUGCACGGAACUGCGACAACUGGGAUUGCAUAUGGAAUCCUUAAAUGCCGGUUGUCUGAAGAAUAUCCCCGUACUUUCAAACCUAGAGCGAUUGAUUCUCGUGGGAAGAGAACGAGUCAAGUACGGAACAUACGAAGAUUAUUUCAGAGGAUGCAUUGGGCAGCUUCCAAACCUCAGGUCACUUUCAUUCCAAUCAUUCAGUUUCGUCUCGAAUGAAUUUGUUUCCAGUUUGGCACGAAUGAUUCGCAACCUGGAGGAGUUGCGGCUGCAUGAGUGUAGAGCCAAAAACAACAUUAUUGGACCGAUCUUCGACCGUUUUCAAAACCUCACUCGAUUGGAAUUUGUUAAAGUGACCCAUGGUGGAGCCCGUCCGAUCUGGCCUCCUAAACUAGUGAACGUUAGGCUGAUCAAUUGCGCAUGGAUAACUAGCGAUCAUCUCACCAAACUAAUCCAACGAUGCCCCAAGCUCAGGCACCUCAACAUCUAUGGAUGUGGCACUUCGAAAGAUAUGCUGCAGAAGAUAACUGAAAUCGUUCCGUCGGGCUGCUUCGUAGAACGGACACAUAAUUUUGCUCCGUCGAUAGUGAGGUGAUGUUAGUAGGUAAGUUAAGAAGGCGACUGUUUAAAAUAAUUAAUAUUUUAAUACAUCCUGAUGCCUACAAUUUA